AUGUCUGCCAACGACACAAACAUCUACUACGGCAUCCGCCUCGGAGGCCUCUUCGACAUCGUAUACUACGAUUUCCGUGACGACAACCAAACCAUCGAAUCCGUCUUCGAAACCCUGAACAAUGCACACACAGGUUUCUUCUACGCCUACUUCUGCAUCGUCUUAAUAGUCGCCGCGGCAAUCCAUUUCUUUCGGAAAAGAUACGUAAAAUCGCGACCAUUACGUUUAAAACUACAAAACUUCUCGAACCGGGGUCGGGCUGUUAGAAGUUUCUUUUUGAAGCAAGGAUGGUUCGGAUUACCCACGAGAGCGCAUACGGUUAUUGUUAUCUGUUAUGUGAUUUUGAACAUUUGGGUUUGUUUGUUCAGUUCCAAGCCGACUUUGCAGUUGAUUCAACUUGCUAGAAAGGCUGGGUGGUUUAGUGUCGUUAAUGGUACUCUAUUGGUGUUUUUGGCGAUGAAGAAUACGCCGUUGAGUUAUUUGACCGGGAUGAGUUAUGAGAAAUUGAAUGUUUUCCAUAGAUGGGUCGCAAUCACUGCUCUAAUCCAAGGCGGUGUCCACACCAUCGCAGUAGCAGUCGGUCUCUCCCGCUUGAUCCCCUCUCAAGUCGGCUUUUUGCUCGUCCCCGCAAACGUCUGGGGUAUCAUCACACUAGCCCUCUGGAUGAUCAUCCUCGCCUCCUUCUAUCUCCUAAAAGUCAUCCGCUACGAAGUCUUCUACGUUCUCCAUCUCGUCCUCUUCCCUCUCACAUUCAUAGCCUGCAUCCUUCACAACCGUCAUUCGUACGGUCCCAUCGGUGCAGCGUUCAUCCUCUAUUUCAUCGAUAGAGCAAUCCGUUAUAACCGUGUAUUCUGGCAUAACAGGUAUUCGGAUAAACUUAAGGCCAAGGUACAACUUACCCAAGACGGGAUGACGAUUGUUAAAGUUCCCCGAGGAAAUUUGAUGUGGAGACCGGGUACACAUGCUUUCUUAUGUAUGCCCGGUAUUAGAUACUUCGAAUCUCACCCGUUUACCAUUGCUAGUGUGGGUGAUGAUAUCGAUACCGAAGGUGGCAAGAAAACCGUGGAUUUCAUUAUCAAGCCGGAAGAUGGAUUUACAAAGGCUAUGAACUGGGAAGCUAGGAAACUAGCAGAGAAUAAAACCACCGAAACUCGUGAACUAAGGGCCAUCCUUGACGGUCCAUACGGUGCUCUUCCAAACUUCAACGUUUACGAUAACCUCCUCCUCUACGCUUCCGGAUCAGGUAUAACAUUCAUCCUCCCCAUCGCCCUAUCAGCCGUUCGAAAAGCAAGAGUCCGCCAUCUAGAAUUCAUCUGGUCUACUAAAAAAUCAAUGUCCUACGAAAACAUCCGUCCCCAACUCGAAGAACUAGCAAGAGGCGGUCACGGUCCAAACGGUCAAUCAACAUACGUAGUCAUCCGACUCCACGAAACCGACCCGGACAAGAAACGCGCCGGAAGGUUCACCAUGUCUCGAAUGCGAACAAUGAUGGUUGCAGGUCCCACCGCUCGUUUCCGUCGUGGUCGUUCCACAGACCGUGGCGCCGCAGGAGCAGCAGGAGGCGAAGAUGAAUCAUCAACCCUCAUCUCUGGCCGAGAAUCAUCCGAUACCCCUCCCGUCCCCGCUAUUCCACAAGCACUACAAUCCCGUACCGGUCACGCAAGAUCCUAUUCAGGUGAUAUCAUGCCCUCAUCAAGUUACGGCGCAACUUCUGAAUCCGACCCCUCUGGUCCUCCAUCACAACCCCGAGGAGGCGUAUCAAUGGCAAAACGUCAAUCCGGAUAUUUCAAAGCACCUACAUCAGACGACCACACCAUCCUCGAAGAAGAAGACUAUGCAGCCCAUCCACGUCGUUCAUCUGAUAUCUUCGCUGGAAUGUCCGACGAUGAUCCGGAUCCGGAUGAUAGCGCCGAUGAACGUACUUUGUCCGGUCGUAGGGGUAUUGAUGAUUACUCUGACGACGACAGCGAUCCGGAUAAUGAGAAGUCCAGAGCGUUGACCGGUGGUGCUCAUCAGGAUGUUAGAGAUGCUCUUGAUAAGUUUAUUUACGAAGGAAGACCGGAUAUGAAGGAAAUCAUUGCAAACUUUGUGGGUAGUUGUGGUCCGGAUGAGACUUGUGCUGUUGCCGCUUGUGGACCUGGAAGUGAUAAGGUUAGGUUGCAGGCUUCUAAGGCUAUUAAGAAGGGAGGUCCUAGUGUUAGCUUGUUCGUGGAGGAGUUUGGAUGGUAG